AUGAGCGCAGAGGAGGCCUCGCAGCAUCUCUCCCUCUGCGCCACGUUUGCCAACCCCCAGCGAUAUGAGGCCAAAGAGGCAGAAAGCAUUAAGGACUACAUCGUACACGACGGAGCUCGGGGGCCAUUGGUGGUCUACGGAGGGCCGGGCUGUGGCAAGACGGCACUCGUGGCCUCUUGCGCCAAGAAGGUUCACUUCUGGCUUCCGGACUCGGCUCCGUUUUUAAUCGUCCGUUUUGUGCCCGUGAUUGGAGAAGCUGUCACUCUGCAGAGACUUCUGAGCUGCUUGUGCCAACAGGUUGCCGACGUUUACCAAGCACCGCAUCUAAGCCAUCCCGCGGACACGGAGGACCUUAGGGAAUGUUUUGCCGACGCUCUUUCUGUAUCAACCGAGGAAAGACCGUUGGUUCUGAUACUGGAUGCCGUCGAUCGCUUGCGGUCUGACGGCAACCUUCAAGAUUUCCAGUGGCUGCCAAGUCCGAUUCCUCGAUUCACCAAAGUCAUCCUGUCUGUGACACAAGACUGUGACUUGGUAAAGUCUCUGAGCCCACGCCGGGUUUCGUUUCUUCAAAUAAAGCCUUCGAGAAAAGAGUGUAACGAGAGUCUGAAGUCCGCCCUGGCGCAGCGAAACCGGAAAAUCACUUCUGGGCAGCAGCUGUUUGUGAAUCGGUCCCUGGGGUCCGACCCGUCUCCUCUGCAGGUGUUAAUGCUCUUCAAGGAAGUCAUUGAGUGGAAAUCCCACCAAGAAGUCGACGACCGAUCCCUGGGAGGAGACACCUAUCAGAUCAUUGAAAGAUUCUUUCGGAAGCUGGAGGUGAAAUACGGUUAUGCCGUUCUCUCUAGAGCCGUAAGUUACAUAACGCUGUCGAGAUCGGGCGUCGGGGAAGCCGAGCUGAUAGAUCUGAUGUCGGCGGAUGACGAGGUCCUUGCGCAGUUGUAUCGUUUACAUGCCAAUGUAGGCACUUUACGAGUCCCGGACUGGUUGGUUGCCAGCAUCCUACUGGACUUGAAGAGUUGCCUCUCUUGGAGAACGGUGACUGGCUUUAGACUGCUGUGUUGGACCAAUGAGCUCUACCAGAAGGUCACCUAUAGCAGAUAUCUAAGCUCGCCAGAAGUGGUCCAUACACUGCAUGUAAACAUGUGCCAUUAUUUUAGUGGCCGAUGGGCUUGUGGGAGAUCCAAGCCAAUAUCAGUAGACAAUAAACAAAACGAAGGAUCUGACUUAAACGCGGCUGCCACCGGGACCCCGGCCAAGAUCUACGCUGACUGCCAACUCCCUUCCCAGCCGUGGUUUUUUACCAGACAUUCUAGGAACCAAACCAUAGAAGCCGGGAAUGUGAGGAAGGCGUAUGAGCUUCCCUUCCAUCUAAAAGAAUGCGUUAAGCUGGACAACCUCUUCAAUGACAUUGUGUUGGCCGUGCCUUAUCACAAAGUACUUAUACAAGCGGGACUCCUCCAUUUGUUGUUCCAAAGCAUGGAAGAGGCAGCCGGGUCAAUCGGAAGAGAAGAAGUCUACGUUAUCUCCGACUUGUUUAAGGAGAUCGGUUGCGUGUUGAUUGAGAAUCCAGACAGCAUGGAGUUUGUCUUGCAGUCCAAGAUGGCGCCGUUAGUACAUACGUAUCCGGCUCUAUUGAAGUUUGUCAAGCAGACGUACUGUGAGGGCACCAAAAGACCCCUUUCCCUCAACGUCUUGUGUUCCCCGCUAAGUCAAGCGGUUCUCGCUAAAGUUCGGUUUCAAGAGACUUCCCGUGUCGUAAGCGUCUUGGAGAUGCAAUCGAAGCCUUCCUUAAUCGUCGUAUUUGAGAAUGGCGGUAUUUGGACGUGGGGUCUGCCAAAUAACCUGACGUUCCGGUAUCAGCUUCCAGGAGACGCGCCGCUCGAACGCGCCAUCGCGGAACUCAACGGCAGACACCUUGCGCUCGUCACCAAGAAUCACAUGUUCGCGAUCCUCGACUGCUCCUCUUGGACGCUUGUAUGUGCUAUAAAAAACAUGAAACAUGGGAAAACCCAAGAAAUAGAGCUUACUCCUAAAAACAUUCACUUAGUAAGCACAUCUCUGUUUGUAUGCUAUGAGAAUUCUUCCACGGUCAGAAUUUAUAACGUUCGUUCCGGUGCAGUCAUUGAUGAAACCAUUUUCCCCCAGGUAGUGACCUUCUUUGGAUGUGAAAGUAGCGCAAGAUAUACCAUUUUGGGACAAACAAACAAAAUUUUGAUUUACGACAAUAAGGGUUUUGACCUUCAGUUUGACCUUAAUGUUGAUCUUCUGAUGCUCCCAAUAUCGGAUGUUUAUAUACAAGAUCACCUAGUUUAUAUCAUCGAUAAGGCAAGCAAUAUCAUGGUGUGGGACACCGAAGAUCCAACAGAACCUCGACUGGUGGACGAAAUUUACACUGACGAGGUCAACAAUGAGAUGAUGUCAUCAGAAAUCACGACACGGUGGCUUUUAAUCGGCAGAUCCAAGACGAUAGACGUGUGGGACGUACUGACCUGGGAAAAAAUCAGUUUUGAGCCCCCGGGGGGCAGCAGAUUUCUCUGCUGCGUCUUAUCGGAGAGCGGUGAAGAAAUCAUCGCAGCUGUUGAAGGAGGCUCCUCCAUAUUCGUCUGGGGCAGGGAGAGCGGACAAUGCCUCUCGGUGAUCCGCCAGGGGCACGGAGAAUUUACCCUGUUCGCCAAGUGCCCCCAACUAGGUAGCUUGAUAGCGGCGACGGCGAAUAGAUAUCUGCUUCGGUGGGACUUGAAGUCGGUGGUCUCCACCACAUGUUUGUCACAAACCGGGCGCUCGGUGGAGUCGUUACUUCUCUGUCCCCAGGGCAUCGCUGCCUUCACCGCCGACGGCUCUGAAAUAGUUUGCAAAUGGGAUAUCCCGCGCAAUAAGAUCAGAACGUGUUUUUUACACAACGAUCUUGUAGCUAUGAUGGCCUUAACGGCAACCGGGGAGCUCCUGGUGACGUCGGUGGCAUCGGGGGACCUCUUCGUCUGGGUAGUGGAGAGCGGGGAGAACGUUCAGUACAUUCGAUGCGGCCCCGUCUCCCGGAUGUUAGUCACUCCCAACGCUGGCGUUAUGGUCUGCAUGUGCGAAGACGGCCUUACCAGGGUUUGGAACCCAGCGACGGGGAACAUAGUUUGCAACAUCCGUGUUUGUCUACACCAAGCGGCCAUCACUCCUGGAGGCACCUUUCUAAUUGGUUUGGAUGAUGACAAACUCCUGGCGGUCAGCCUGUGGUCAGGUUCGGUAUGUAAGCAGCUCCGCUGGGACACUGAUCCGUCGGGUAGUAUAGACGCCUUCCGGUGCAUGGAAAGCCACCCAGAUUUUGUAGUCGUGCUAACCUCCGGCGCCGAGCUUUACACGUGGGAUGUGGUAGAAGACACGGUUUGCCACCAGGUCAGGUUACCCAUCGAUCUAUCACAUCCACGGAAGCUACUCCAGGUUUCGUCAAACGGGGGAGUCGUAGUCGUAACGGUCGAUAAAACGGUCAAUGUCUUCAACGCCCAAGAUGGAAAACUCGGCGUCUUCUUCGUUCCGAACCCGAUAUUGCAUCAACGACUAACGGACGACGGCAAGUACUUUCUUUACACGUGUCACGUGAAACCGGAUGGCUGUAACUGUGACUUUCACGCAAACCCGGUUCUUAACGUGAUAAACGUCAGAAACGGGGAAAAGCUCGGCCGGUUCCCUCUCGGUAAGAUGCCGAGUGCCAUGAUGGUUUCUGAAGACGGACGCGCCGUCUGUAUCGGCUUUGAAGACGGCACCAUUGGCUUGUAUUCUUUAGUUGACGCGGGCGAGGGCCGCACAAGGAUGGAAGGUCUGUUUUCUUCUUUUACAAACAAAGGGGUCCGCAGGAACGUUCCCGUUGGAAUACGUCUCCACAAACAGUCCCCAGACGUUAUAUGGUCCAGCUGCACCCCAGAAACAUACAAUUCUGACAGCGGGUAA